AUGCAUUUUGAAGUUCACACAAGGGCUAACAACGCUACCAGGCACAAUUACCGACUUUACGAUCGUGAGGAUAACAUAUACAAGGAACUGAAGAACUGGGCCAAUAAACAGCCAGGCCUAUCUGGACAGUUCGCCGCAAAUGCGGUGAAGCACCCAGUGGACUUUUACAUCCCGGGCACUACCGAGAAAGCCGCCACAAUACAAGAGCUGGACUUCCCCGCCACGUUGUUGGCCACCAAGGUGGACGUGAACGGGAACACAGUCGACAUUUGGUCGCCCCAGAACAAAGCUGAUCUGCAGCAACAGUUGACCGACUUUAAUGCGAAGGCCACGACGAUAGAACAUAAUGAUGUUAUUACUGGCAACGAGCCUGACCAGCUGCCCUGCGAUCAAACGUGA